AUGAUUUCCCAAUCGAUAGCAAUUACAAAGCCUGCUGGUGGAUAUAUAAAGCCCGUUAGAAGGGUUUUGUCUCCAGAUGAUUUGAACAAGUGGAUUGGUUCCCUUUCUUAUACUCAGGUGGUCGAUUUUGUUGAGCAGCUCAGUCUCGCAGUUAAGGGAAAGGAAAACGAUGCACCAUGCAACGUAUCCGAAUCUGUCAACCAAAUAUUACAUAUAUUGGAUAAAGUAGGCGAUAUAAUUGAGCUGCAUCCUGUGAUUCAAGAUAAAGAAACUUCAAGGUUUGGGAAAAUUGAAUUUAGGGAUUUUUAUGAUGAGAUAACACUUAAAUCCAACGAUUUGCUACUAGGAAUAUCUGAUCUUGGACCUCUUAUCGACUCCACUCAGGAUCCACGGAUAGAAUUAUGUGUGUAUUUCAAUGAAUCAUGGGGAAAUAGAACUAGAAUCGAUUAUGGAUCAGGUCAUGAGUUAAAUUUCAUUUGUUUUUUAUUAUGUUUAAAGAACCUAAAUAUUUUAAAUUUAGAUUGGGAUGCAACUGCAAUUGUUUUGAAAAUAUUUAUUAAAUAUCUUUCUGUUAUGAGAAUAUUACAAAAGAAAUAUUGGUUGGAGCCAGCAGGUUCCCAUGGUGUUUGGGGAUUAGAUGAUUAUCAUUUUUUGCCAUUUUUAUUUGGUGCCUCUCAGUUGAGUUUGCAUAAGCAUUUGAAACCAAAGUCUAUUCAUGAUAAAGAUUACAUUGAAAUGUUUGAAAAUAAAUACAUGUAUUUCCAUUGUAUUGCAUUUAUCAACGAUGUUAAAACUGCCUCCUUAAGAUGGCAUUCACCAAUGCUAGAUGAUAUAUCUGGGGUCAAGACAUGGAAAAAAGUUGCAGAAGGCAUGGUUAAAAUGUAUAAAGGUGAGGUAUUGAACAGAUUACCAAUUAUUCAACAUUUUUUCUUUGGUAAUAUAAUUAAAGCACCAGAAGGUGUAUCAAAGAAUAGGGUAACGAAAUAUGAUUAUGAGAGUGAUCAUAAAAAUAGACUACCUGGUGGCCAUAUUCAUACAUGGGGCGAUUGCUGCGGUAUUAAAAUUCCUAGUGCAAUCGCAGCUUCUGAGAUGCUGAAAAAAAAAGAAGGACACAGAAUACCAUUUGACUAA